UGCCUAAAAUCUUCUUGUUUUUUACUUCAACCAUGGCCAAGACCAUUAUGCAAGAAAACAAGAAACCGGUGUAUCGGAGAAACGGCUCCGGCGAGCUUCAUGUCUUUGAGGCCGCUCGUUACUUCGAUGACACCACCACCGGCAGCCUCGGUCACAAGCAUUAUUUGAGAGAGGGUACUGCCGGAAGAUUGAGUCUCGAUAUCCCGGGAAACAAUCGAAGAAAUUCGAUCCCUUUACAAGCCAUGAUGAUGGAGAAUCGUAAUUCGAUUCCUUUACGAGCCAUGAUGAUGGAUCAAAACGAUCCGAUGACGAUCAAGAACCAGAAGAAGUACAAGCAACCAAGCUCACCAGGAGGGAAGUUGGCUCAUUUCUUGAAUUCCCUUUUCAACCAAACGUAUUCAAAGAAGUCAAAGUCGAAGUCAACGACAUCGAAACAAUCUGUGAAGGAUGAAGAUGAGAGCCCUAGUGGUUGGAGAAGAAAGAGGAGUAGCAUUAGUCUUUUCAGGAGUGGAAAUAGUCAUACCAAUAAUAACAGUAAUUCAGCCAUUGCAAGUGACACAAGGUCUGCUUAUAACUCAAGAACACCACCUCCAAAGGGUACUGCAUCUUAUAAAGAUCUCCGAAGCCAUUCAGAUCACAAACCCACUUGUGAAAUUACCAAAAUACCCAUCAACGAAACCCACAACAAGAAUGAAAACCAAAACCUGAAGAUCAAAAGUAGUAGUGGGGUUUCUGAGAAAAAAAGAAGUUCUGGAAAUGGGUUAGUGGAGAAAGUUAGGGUUUCUGAUGUAAAACAUGAUGAUGAUGAUCAUCAUCAGAAGUAUGAUCCAACGGUGGAGAUUAGAGAAUUCAAGAGGUUCAUUCUUGAUGAUGAUGAUGGAGAUAGUGAUUCAAGUUCUGAUCUUUUUGAGUUAACAAACUGUGAUUUGGGUUAUUAUUCAAGUGGUUUGCCAGUUUUUGAAACCACCCAUAUGGAUAACAUCAAGAGGGGUGCACCCAUCGUGUCUAGCUAACCCUAAAGGUCACGCAUCUCUAGCCAUGAACCACGUCGUCCCAAGCUCAAAUCUUGAUUCCAAACGGCAAAUAUUGAAUCAAGGUCUUCCUGUCUUGCAUAUUUAAGUUCAUAUUUAAUAGAUAGGGUUUUUCUUUAAUUUUAACUUCCAAUUAAAAGUUGGUUAUUGUUGCCUUUUCUUUUAAUUAUUCAUCGGUAAUUAUUUUGUUUGGAUAUAAAAUCCCAAGGGGAAUGUUUUAUUUCGCUUCGAAAAUUCAAAUCCCAAUAAUUUUCGGAUAAUGUUAU